AUGUGGAAAUCAAUUCUUAUAAAACGUCAAUUUAUUCUUGGUACAUUGACCGAUUUGUUUAAAAUGAUACCUUCAAGAUUAUUUGAUGAAACGUCUCGAUUUAAAUUAAUUGAUUUUCUUGUUCAGAAAAAAUUAUUGGUUAAAGGUAACUGGUUUUGUGAUGGAAAAGGUACUUCAAUUGGUGGUUAUAUGAAAGGCAGUCCUGCUAAUCCUGAUGUAGCGAUGAGCCUCGCCAAUUUGGGGUUAGAUAUUGAAGAAUAUAAACUUUCUUUGAAUCCACAUCACAAUGUUAAACGUCGUAUUGAUGGAAAAAUGCUCAACCAAUCGUAUUUAUUUAAUGAUCUAUUAAAAGAACAAAUAAUCAAUGAUGAAUGGUUCAAAGAUAAUCUGGAGAUCGACGAAAGCUUGAUUUAUGCUACAAAUAAAUUAUCACAAACAACGUCUAAUUAUCAAAUCGAUCGAUUUCAGCAACAACAAAAAGAAAAGAUUAAAAGAACAAUGGCAAACAAAAGAAAAAAAGCUGAAGAAUUGCAAAGAGAAACUUUAAAUGUAUGUGGUACAGAUAUUCCUGUUAAACGUAAGCGAAAACCAAAAAUUCGUGAAGACUAA